GAAGAAUAGAAGCAUGCUUUCCACUGAGAUUUACACUAACAUUUGUGAUACAGAAUGUCUUUAAGUGAGAAGAAUAGUGUGGUUUUUGCUUAUGAGUCUUCAGUACACAGUACCAAUGUUCUACUCGGUCUCAAUGGUCAGAGAAAGCAAGAUAUUCUUUGUGAUGUUACUAUUUUAGUGGAAGAUCAACGAUUUCGGGCUCAUCGGGCUGUGCUUGCAGCUUGCAGCAGUUACUUCCUUUCAAGAAUUGGCCAGUUGGAUGCUGAUCUUAUCAUCACUUUACCAGAAGAGGUGACACUUAAAGGAUUUGGUCCUUUACUUGAAUUUGCAUAUACAGCUAAACUUAUUUUAAAUAAAGACAAUGUAUCUGAAGUCUGCAAGUGUGCAGAAUUUUUGGGAGUACAUAAUAUUGAAGAAUCUUGCUUUCAGUUUCUCAAAUUCAAAUUUUUGGACUGUAAAUCAGGCCAACCAGAAUGUCCCAGAAGGCAGUGUUGUUCAUCACGCUGUCAGAAAACAGAUGAUAAAAUUAACCAGGUGGAUGAAGGGGACCUAGGUGAUGGAGGAGAGGAAGAUGUUCAAACCCCUGACUCACAGCUCCACAAAGAUGAAGAAAAUGCAAAAGUAUCAUCUCCUGCUUUCCAGGACACCAGUCAAACAUGUGAUCCUGCUUGUUUAGAAAAGAGUAAUGUUUCUGACUUGCCUUCCCUAUGUCCAAAAUACAGGAAGUUCCAAAAAGCUUUUGGAAGUGACAGAGUUCAGACUACAGAGCUUAGUUCCAGUAUUACAGAAGUUCAGGUAAUGUCAGCUGCUUCCAUUCAUGAGAGCAAAUCAUUUGAUAAUAAUGCCACACAAAAAGCUCAGGAGUGUGAAAUUAUGCAGCUGGCUGCAAAAUAUGAAGAGGCUCAGGUAGAAAUGGAAGAGGAUGAGGAAGAGGCAGCAAAAGAGGAGGAAAUGAAGAGCGAUUUGGUGUCUCAGAGUGUCUCCUAUCCCGUGGAGAAAAUGGAUGCUGCUGCUUUUCCACAACAUUCUUCUGUUGCACCUCAUGGACUUCAUCCUGUGCCUUUUUUACAUGUAUAUGAGCAAUAUGAUGAUUUAAAUUUCAGUGGUAUACAAAAUAGCACAGUCAUAGCAGAAAAAGCUGUAGCGAGUACUGGAGUUAGGUAUGACAAACCAGUUGAAAACAAAAACAGUGAUUUGCUUUUGAAGUCUGACCUGUGCAGUACAGAAAGCAUGAACAUUCGAACAACCAGUGAUCGUAGCAGUGUGGAGAGAGAGGUUGCUGAACACCUAGCAAAAGGAUUUUGGAGCAAUGUGUACAGUACGGAAACUGCUUGUCAAAUGCAUUUGUCACCUGCAACAGCAAAAGAAUGCUCAGAAUCAAUAUAUUCGGGGAAAAAGACAGAGUGUCCAUGGCUUGGCAUCAGGAUCAGCGACAGCCCUGAACCUUCUCCUCAAAGAACUUUCACAACUUUGAAUUCUGUCAACUGCCCAUUUAUAAGCACCCUUAAUACUGAAGGAUGCUCAAACAGUUCAGAGAUAAGUAGUGGAGAUUAUAUUCAGGGACAGCAAGCGGAGCAAUGUCCAUUUACUUGUGUGAUAAGUUUGGGAGAAGAGUCUGAAACUGACACGGAGGGGGAAAGCGAGUCAUGUUCAGCAAAAGAACAGGAAUGCGAGGUAAAACUGCCAUUUAAUGCACAAAGGAUCAUUUCACUUUCUCGAAAUGACUUCCAGUCAUUUCUGAAAAUGCACAAAUUGACCCCUGAGCAGCUGGAUUGCAUCCAUGAUAUCCGAAGACGAAGCAAAAAUAGAAUUGCAGCGCAGAGAUGUCGUAAGAGAAAGCUUGACUGCAUCCAGAAUCUGGAAUCUGAAAUUGAAAAACUGCAAAAUGAGAAGGAAAAUUUGCUAAAGGAGAGAGAUCACAUUUUGUCAACCUUGGGCGAGACAAAGCAGAAUCUAACUGGACUUUGUCAGCAAGUGUGUAAGGAAGCAGCACUGAGUCACGAGCAAAUACAAAUACUUGCCAAGUAUUCCUCUACAGAUUGUCCGCUUUCAUUUUUAAUCCCUGAGAGAGAGAGAACAGCUCCUUCUGAUAGUGAGCCGGUGAUACCAUCAUGUAUAGAAUUGCCAGAUGGUCUUUCAAGUGUUGCGUCAGCCAGCGAACAGAGUUCUUGCUAUCAGCAUGUAAGAGGAAUAUGCAAUGCAGUUUAUAGUCAAGUGCAGGAACUAUGUCCAGUUGCUGUAAGAACAUCUGAGAAAACUUCACAUCCAGAACAGUGUGGACAGGGAAGUAGUGGUAUCACAGACUUCUGUCAGCAAAUGACUGACAAAUGCACUACAGAUGAGUAAAUCUGUUUUCUUCUUAUUGCCAACCUCUCAACUUUUGAGUGAGGGUUUCAGUAUUCUGAUAAAGUGAGUGGAAAAAGGAAACUUUAUAUUUUGCAAUUGCAUUAUCUAGUACCAUCUACAUUAUUUACAUGGUGCUUCAAAACCAUAUCUACAUAGAGGGACCUAAGAAAUUCAAGGUAAAUAAACCAAAGUUGUGAACUCAAAGCUCAGAGGUUGGUAUGUGAUUAAACCCCCUUUGUGAAGGUUUCAAUUCAGUGCUCUUAAAGUUCUGUAGUAGUUUAAUUCAGAACCAAUCUAAUGUAUUGGUUUUCAACACCUGCACUGAUGUCUGUGCUUUAAGUUCACAUCUUAUCUUUAUUUACCUUAACCUUCCUAGGUUCCUCCCUCUAGACCAGAGGUUUUCAACCUUUUUUUAAGGACUGUACCUCUUCUGAUGUGUACCCCUUCUGGACUGUACCCCCUGGAUGGGGGGGUGAGGGGGGGGGGUCCCUGGCAGCUGGCUGAUGCUUCCCAAGUACCCCCGCUUAUCUGUGCCACUGCUGCAUACCCCCUGGGACCUUCCCAAGUACCCCCAGGGGUACAUGUACCCAUAGUUGACAACCCCUGCUCUAGACAAACUAAGACAUGUGUCCUGCUCUUGUCUGUACAGGAGUGCAGCCUUUUAGUAUAAACAAUGGGAUAUCCUAUAGCUGGAUGAGGAUACCAGUAUCAUUAGUGUUCUGUGUUUUUCCCCAAUCCUAUGGCAUUUUACCCUGAUGUACUUGUUGAAAAGCUAUUUUUGUUGUAAAUUAACUUGCCAUCAGAUCAGUUUGUGGUUUUCUAAAUUUUAAUAGCUGGUCGUAAUGAGAGUCAAGGCCAUCACUUAAGAUAGUUGUUCUCAAUCUUUUUAGAUUCCAGGUACCUCUUCAUAACUUUUCUGAUUUUAGUGCCAUCGUAUUUGAGAACCACUGUCAUGCUGUCUCAGCUUACUUCACUGGUUCCCAACCAGGCUUGCUGUGGCAUCCCAGUGCACCAGCACUGCUGCUGCAGCCAGAUUAAAUUGACCCAUGUGCUGCUGUUUCCAGGAGACAGUGAAGCUGAAGUGGGUGCCUCUGCCUGCCUUGCGUUUCCUUGAUAAAUCUAAUGCAGGUAGGAGUUUCCCUUUCUGCUGUAGCUGCUUCCCAGUUCAUCUCUACACCAAGAAUGUGCAGCAGGUUCCCCUGGCUGUAGCAGUGGUGGUGCUGGUGCCAUAGCACCCCAGGUGAGAACCACUGGUCUAAGACUCUGUUAAGCUCUGAUCACAGUAAAACUGUAUUUGAAAAUAUUUUUUAAUCAUUGGGAUACUUUGUAUGGAUAAAUCUAAUUGUUGCAGUGUAUUUACAAUGGCUUGUAGUCUUAUAAUAAGCAUUUAAACGUGUAGUAAGGAAAUGAGCCAGUGGGAUUUUAUUCAAUGUGUAUCUUUUUUUUAAAGACAGUCCAGCCAUUAAAAUAAGACAAUUAGGGAGAAAGUAAUCCACACUUUAGGUCAGGGGUGGGCAAUUAUUUUGGGCGGAGUUUUGGCAAGCCAUCGAGGGCUGUGUGACAGGCAGCCAGGGGCAGAUAAAUAUUAACUUUCUAAAUUUUUUAGGGGCCCCAGAGAGGGGAUAAAAGGGCCUGGCGGGCCACAUCCAGCCCGUGAGCCGCAUUUUGCCCACCCCUGUUUUAGGUCAUUUUGUAUUAUAUAGAGGCAAUAUGUGUACAAAUGAUGCUUCGUUGCUUAGCCAUUCUUCUCAUCCCAGAAAUUAAGUACUGACCCUCACCAGAGAAAAUGUCAAACAUUCUUACUGGUUUACAAUAUAGAAGAAUCUUGUACAAGCCAAUGGAAUUCUUCAUUUCCUACCUCAAAAUGUACAUCAACUUUUAUAUCUUUGUGUGCACAUAGGACAGAUCAUCCUUUGCUCUGACUGCUACUGUAAAUAUUGGCUUUGCGUUUUUGUUUUGCUGUGAGACAAACUUGCCUCCAGAAUACUAAAACCUAACUUUUUUGGUAAGGCGUUUGGUUUAGGCUCUUUGUAUGUAGGUAACAUAGCAUUAAUGUAAUUAUAUUAUAAGAGUAUAUUGUGAACAUUUGGCCAAAUAUAAAAAGUUGACAAAUCUCAGCAGUACUUUUAAUAACCAGCAUGUAAUACAAGUAACAACACUACCUCAUCCAAAUGAUUUCAGACUAAUUCACUUCUACAGUGAUACCAUGACUUUCUUUUUCAGGGGGACGAAUUGUUAUUAACAUUGCAGAGCGUACAUAAAUAGCAAAACUUAAAAGAACUGAAAUUUAGGAAAGGAACUACUCCAUUACAACUUCACGUGGGUUCUACUGCUUGUAGGUAUCUUGUCCCUUCAGGUGCUUGAGGGGAAACUCUCUUUUUAAAUGACUAGCAUAUAUAGUUUGUGACUUUUACAAUGUUCUUAGCUCCAUGAGACUCAUGGUGUCCCUCUUUCUGCAACCAUAUAGACUUUUGUUAGUGUAAUUCCUCUUCUCCCUCUUGCCCUGCAGCCCCAGGACUAGCUGGUUUUGCCACCAGAUGUGUUUUAAAUCAAAAACUGUAUAGUGCUUACGUAACAACAUUUUCAAAAGUAGGUGAUAGUCAUGAAUGACAUAGUACAGUGGGUCAACAGUGUUUCUCCCAUGGCAGACCAGAAUGACCCAGUGCAAGUUUGAGGCAGACCAGUGCUAAGCCCUGGGUACUACUGCUUUUUUCCACUGUGUGAGUGAAACUCCCUACUGCCAAAGCUCCCAGCUCCAGACUGGAUCCAGUGGCUCUGCAGGCCAUAAUUUGUUGACAACUGCUUGUAGCUUCAUAGAAUCUAAAAACUGAAUUUCUGUAGCUAAAACGCCUUGGCUAAGGAGGGUAAGGGGUAUGCAGAGGGGGUGGCCAAGGUCUUAGACAUGUCCAGUGCCCCAUAUCACCAAUUUUCUGGGACAUGGGAAGGCUCAUGACCACUAUUUUAAGUCCAAAGGGUAGACAAGCAACUAAAACACAGUGCUUCACUGCUGCAACCUCUUUGCAGGUUGGCGUUUGUGAAUUCAAUCCCACGAACUCCACUGGAAAACCAGUAGCUCUGGCUUUGUGUGAGGUACAGUGAGAGUUGCCCUGUAUACUUAAACACUUGCUAAUAUCAACCUGUUUGUAGAGUUUGAGGUAGGUCUGUGUUUAACCAACUGUAUCUAAAUAAAUGUAGGCUAUAUACAAUAGACCUUCAGGUUGCAUGUGGAAUUUUAUGUAAGGCUAUCACCAGUUUGCAGAAUUUAAGAAUGGAUGGCAAUUUUAUGCAGGAUUCUCAGGUAAUUUUUUUUUUCAGCUAAGCAUUCAGUUUUGAACUUGUAAAAUACUUUGUUAAGGCAUGUUUUAAAAUACUUUAAAAUCUGUUGGGCAGAAUAUCUUAAAGCCAUAACAGUCAAAUGGCAUUCAGAUUGUAAAUUACAUAAUUACAACAAUUGAUUUUGUAUCUUUCAUAAUUCAGUAUUUUCUAAGAAUACAAUAAAAACCACUAUCCUUUCUAAAAAGGCUUUUCUUUUUUGUGUACGUCAUUUGCAAUAUGAAACUAUUGUUUAGUGACGUUGUAUUCCUUUUAUAUAGUACUACUAAAACUGAUCUCUGGAAACAAUAGCAAAAUUUAUUUAUAUAGCUUACAAACUCCUAAGAAUAAACACACCAACAAAUAUUACUGAGUUGGAAGAAAAUCCCCAAAUGAUUAUUUAAUAAUUAUUAUUCCCUGUUGUGUGUUUGAGAUUUUUUUGUUUAUGAACUUUCCUCUCUUUGGGGUUAAUUCUCUAGGCAUUUUGAACAUUAAUACUUUCUCUUUCAGAGAAACACAUUUCAGACCUUUUAGACAAGUUGACAUUCUGCUUUCGAUCCUUGUAUAGGAUCCAGAUACCCACUAACAAACUUGAAAAAUGGGACAUGAUUUUUUCAUUCACAAUAAAUACAUUUUGGAUGUUGAUACAGUCUUAGUUAAUGGUGUAUAAGAUAAUUAACAGUUUAGCUGACGCUUAUCUCCCUGUUAAUUUAGGAAGUAGUCAUUAAAAUAAACUUCCACUGGGUUGCACUUAAGUACUUUUUGCUUUGAAACAUGUAGAAUGAGCUUUAAUAGUGGAAUGCAGGAUGCCCAGAUCAGGGCAUGUCUUAUGCUUCUGGCCUCCUUGUUGCCUGAUGUCCCUGUCUGAAGAGCUCUAAACUCAUGCUUGCUUGCUUAAAUUUACUGCUAACCAAAAUAAUUUAUAAUUAGUGUUAGGGCCAGCUAUUCAGUGUCCUGAAAGUCAUUUGAAGAUGCAUUUUCAUGAGAUUUGAGGAUUUUCUUUGCACCCCACUUUGACCUGAAACUGCAUAUACCUACAUGUUGAUGCAUAACUCUGCUGACGCUCUCUUCCUUU